UCAGGCGCUGAUCUGGGCAGCCGCGGCGCGGGGGUCCUUCAGCAGACGCCGCGGGGCGGAAGUCGCAGACGCGCGCGCUGCAGUUGUUUCUAUCAAAAAAUUAAUUUAAACUGGUAAUUUUUUUGCGUUUCGUCGUUGUUUAUCCGUCGUUUGAGCAGUGAAGCGCGUUUAUUUUCUGCGCCAUGGCUCCUACAAUACAGACGCAGGCGCAGCGCGAGGACGGACACCGGAGUUCAGCUCACAGAAGCGUCCCAGAGAGGUCCGGCGUCGUGUGCAGAGUGAAGUACGGAAACAGUCUUCCUGAUAUCCCCUUCGAUCCGAAGUUCAUCGCCUACCCGUUUGACCAGCACAGGUUCGUUCAGUAUAAAGCCACAUCGCUGGAGAAGCAGCACAAACACGAGCUGCUGACCGAACCCGACCUGGGCGUCACCAUCGACCUCAUCAACCCCGACACGUACCGCAUCGACCCCAGCAUUCUGUUGGAUCCUGCUGAUGAGAAGCUGCUGGAGGAGGAGAUUCAGGCUCCGUCGAGCUCAAAGAGGUCGCAGCAGCACGCAAAGGUUGUGCCGUGGAUGAGGAAGACUGAGUACAUCUCCACCGAGUUCAACAGAUACGGCGUCUCUAACGAGAAAGUGGAAGUCAAGAUCGGUGUGUCCGUGAAGCAGCAGUUCACUGAGGAGGAGAUCUACAAAGACAGAGACAGUCAGAUCGCAGCCAUUGAGAAGACCUUUGAAGAUGCACAGAAAUCUAUUGCUCAGCAUUACAGCAAACCCAGAGUCACUCCGGUGGAGGUUCUGCCCGUCUUCCCAGACUUCAAGAUGUGGAUCAAUCCUUGUGCUCAAGUCAUCUUCGAUUCUGAUCCAGCACCUAAAGAUGUUUCUGCACCGGCCGGAGUGGACAUGAUGUCACAGGCCAUGAUCAGGGGUAUGAUGGACGAGGAAGGAAAUCAGUUUGUGGCGUACUUCCUGCCAAACGAGGACACGAUGCGCAAACGCAAGAGAGACGUGGACGAGGAUGUGGAGUACAUGCCUGACGAAGUGUAUGAUUAUAAAAUCGCUCGCGAGUACAACUGGAACGUGAAGAACAAGGCCAGUAAAGGAUACGAGGAGAACUACUUCUUCAUCUUCAGAGACGGAGACGGAGUUUAUUACAAUGAGCUGGAGACCAGGGUGCGUCUGAGCAAGCGGCGAGCGAAGGUCGGGGCUCAGUCGUCUACAAACGCUGUGCUGGUGUGUAAACACCGUGAGAUGAACGAGAAGGAGCUGGAGGCUCAGGAGGCUCGCAAGGCUCAGCUGGAGAACCACGAGCCCGAGGAUGAAGAGGAGGAGCUGGACCUGGAGAAAGAUCUGCAGGACUCAGGCGAGGAGCGAGACAAGGCCAGCGACUCUGAGAACUCUGAGAGCGAGUCCGAGCGUGAGGAUGAGGAGCGUCCGGCCGAUGAAGACGAGGAGGAGGAGGAGGACGAGGAGGGUAAGCGUCGCGAGCGGAAGAGCAGCGGCAGCGAGAGCGGCGAGGACCGGCAGGCGCGAGACGAGGAGGAGAUCUUCGGCAGCGACGAUGACAGCGAGGAUGAGGAGGGAGAGAGAGCCAGGAGCAGGAGCAGCAGCGUCCAGCAGAGCGCCAGCGACAGAGCGUCCGACUCCAGCGACGCCAGCGACAGCGAGUGACACGGACUGCACUGCAACACAAGGCUCGUCUUGUUUCUAAUAAAAAUAUUGAGAUGCAUUUACUAGAGAAGCACAAAGAGGUCUCGCUUCCAGAGGAAAAAUAUUGUAACGCAUUUUGUCAAAAAUAAGUCAAAUAAUAUGGGUUUACGUUCUGGCUCAUAAUUGAACUUAUUUUAAGCGAAAUGCUGGAGACAAGACUAAAUAUCUUAAAUCACUCGUCUAGUAAAUGCAUCUUAAAAUUAAAUCUAGAUAUUUUUAUUAAAAACAACAAAAAUACUAAGAUGAGCCUUUUUGCUGUGAGUGUGUGUGUGUGUGUGUGUCCUGUGAUCUGUAGUGUGUGUGUGUGUGUGUGUGUGUGUCCCUCCUGUAAUUUGUAAUUGCUGUGUGUGUGUGUGUGUGUGUGUGUGAGUGAUGGACACAGAUACACUGAAUGAGUGUUUUUUUUUUUUUUUCUGGUUUAAUUCCUCUGCUCUCUCCUGGUGGACUGAGUGAGUCCCUCGUUAGCGAACAUCUUUUUUGGUAGUUUUUCUCAUUACAGUGUAAACAUUGUAAAUAAACUAUGAUUUAGUUUGUUUUCUA